GAAAUUUGAUUCUUCCUCUGUUGUGGAAGCCCGGACUCUUUUAUCCCCCCGUACCUAUUCAACCGUGGCAUGGCAUUGUAGUGCAACACUCAUUUGUGCCAUAGACAGUGAGCUACCGUCACUUUUUCUUCUUCUCUUCUCUUGCGGCUUGUCCGCUUGCCGUUUUCUUUCUGGCUCGUCGAUAGCUUGCGUAGUCUGUCUAAUACCACCAAGCAGAGGCGCCCCUUUUCACCCAUUCAUCCGACCAUCCACACACAAUCCAAUCCCUGCUUGUGUAGCUUGAGGGGGUUGUGUGUGAUUGUGCCUGUGUCUCCGUUCUUCGAAUAAGCCGACGGCACGAUUCCAUCGCGGCGGCCAUUCGGGGCUUCUCGCUUCGGCGCGCAUUCGGGGAAUCGCAUCCCAUAACGACCCGACCAAUAUGCCCAGAAGAGUCUCGUUGGUCUUGAGGAGAUAACAGCCACGCUGUAUUAUAAUGCGAAGCCUUUCGAAGCGAUUAAUGCCCGUUUUCGGCCGCUGGGGGCCUGUGCUCCUUGCGGUCAUUGUUGUCUAUUAUUUAAUUCGAGCCCCCAUAUCUCUCGCUGUAUCGUCCGCGCGGCUGAAUCACAACGAUGGCAACCGACAAAAUGUCCAAGGCCCAGCCCUCGGCCCUGCUGGUGCCGCCCAGGACAUUCGCGAUCAAAAUGCACAACAACCCAUGGGCGGGCCCAGGCCAUACCAAAAACACUACAAACCUGCACCUCCCCGAUAUCCUGCCCUAGACGACCACUUCCCGUGGUUGACGAAAUCAAAAGUGGCGCCGCCCGUCCCUGAACAUCACCUUCCGCCGAGCCCGCACGUCGAUGAGGCCACACCUCUUUUGAUAGGCUUCACGAGCAAUUGGCCGCUGCUGCUCCAAUGCGUGAGCAGUUAUGUCGCUGCAGGUUGGCCGCCCUCUGAUAUUUACGUGAUAGAGAAUACGGGCACAUUUAGCUCCAAUCAGCGGGGCGAACUUUCACUUCAAAAUCCUUUUUUUCUUAACCAUACCGCCCUUCAUCAACUGGGCGUGAACGUUAUCAUGACACCUACGCUGCUCAGCUUUGCUCAGCUACAUAAUUUCUAUCUACAUACAGCCUUGAUGCGGCAGUGGCGCUUCUUUUUCUGGGCCCACUCGGAUUCUAUAGUUUUUAGUGAUGAGGACGUAAGGAGGAAGGACCGUGAUCACGACUGGGACCACGAUCCCUUUGCCACACUGUACGAGCGCUCUAUUGGCCUGAUGCGCUACCUAAACGGUCCUGAGAUGCCGCCAUGGGCUACACAUUUCUUCGCUUACGACCUUUUUACACUGGUCAACCGGGAUGCUUACCUCGACGUGGGUGCUUGGGACACGCACAUCCCGUACUACGCGGCUGAUUGCGAUAUGUACCUGAGGCUUCACUGGGCUGGCUACUGGCAACCCCAAAGCGAGGCAGGCUUGGUAUUCGAUGUCGGUGUCCCAAUGAAGGACAUUGGGGCUCUAUUCCGGCUGCCCGGAUCGCACGCUGGCUUCGCUGGCGACCCUGUAUUCAGGCCAGCGGAUGAGAAGGCCCAACCCCAUCGUGAAGCCGAACUUAAGCGCGAGCAGGACAUGUGGGGCUGGGUCGAGAAGGAGGGUGAAGCAUUCCAGCAUCUUAUCGAGGUCGCCGAACGCAUGCAGAAUGUCAAAUGGGCUGGAAACAGCCUCUCCAAGGCCACCUGGCAGGGUCGCCAGACUGGUGGCCAGGGUGAGCCCUACUACCGUGACGGUCCCGGUUUCACCGCCGGAAUCGAGGAGUUGACCAAUGCUGGCCGCCGGGUAUUCGCCGAGAAAUGGGGACACCGCGGCUGUAAUUUGCUCGAGCUAGGAAUCGAAGGCAAGGACGAGUGGAAGCUCGACCAUGAUUGGGACAUGACCAAGGAGAGCGGCCACGAAGGCGGCGACUGGGGCAAGGACUGGAGUAAGAAUCCCUCGCAACAACUCGCCAACCUCGGUAUCGCAUAAGCAUUGGUUUUCGUUAAAAACAAAAUUGUUUUUGGUGCUUUUUAUUGCUGCAUUUUCUUGCCGCUGCUUUUGAUUUUUUUACUCUCCGCAAGUGGGGAUUGCUCUAUAGAACGCGGACACUGAUUCAUAUGGCUCUUUGCAGUGACAGAGGACCAGUAAACAGGGAGAAUGGCUAACGGAAAAGAAUCCCAAUGGGGUUCUUGAUGUGCAUUGUUAUGCCGAGGGGAGGUGGGAGGCGGUAUCAGUCACAAGUGUUUGCACGACUCUGAACGAUGAACGAAUUGGUCGUUUACCUAGGUAUAUACCCAUGUACCGGUUCUUUUGCAACCGACGAUGUAUCGAGACUCUGUUCCGUUCAGUGGAGACGUGGUGCGCGAGCAACACGACGGGGAUAUCCUGAUACUCGUUGUGGUACGAGGCGAAGGUUAUGGAACUACCCUUCGCAGAACUAGCUUUUUGCCAUAUUAUCAGGUUGGAUGAAAUCGGGGAAGGAGGUUUCGCAUUUGGGGAGUUGAAGAUGUUAUCCGGCGUUCGACGGUGGUCUUCCUGUGUGUUGGGUCUGUUCCGGUGAUAGAAUAUUUGAGGAUUCAAAGGGCAGAAAGAGAUUUUCAACUGUAUAUAUUGAUUGUAUAAUUACGAACAUAUCCUAACUGUGUAUAUGUCUCA